CAUUCUCUGCCGUCGGUCAGUUUUCCUUCCGGUUGAAGACACUUCCAGUCGGAGUGCGAGCGCUGGAUUUGUCACAUGAAGGUUUAACCAUCAUAUCUGGAAGUGCGGAGAGACAGAAAGCCACCGGGAUGGAUAUACCGGUGCCUCCUGAGGACCAGGAGUUGAGGAAUGUCAUCGACAAAUUGGCACAGUUUGUGGCCCGAAAUGGCCCGGAAUUCGAGAAGAUGACAAUGGAGAAACAAAAAGAAAACCCCAAGUUUUCUUUUCUGUUUGGAGGUGAAUACUACAAUUAUUACCAGUACAAGCUGGCAAUCGAGCAGCAGUUGUUGUGCAAUCCAUCAGGGCAGGAAAGUGAACCUCCAGCUCAAGCCCCUGUGCCAGCUCCGAUCCCGGCCCCAGUUCCGCCUCCUGCCUCCACAACUGUGCCAGUCCCAGCCCCUGCCCCAACUCUAACUCAACCACCCACACCGCCAGCUCCUGGCCAGCCACAGUUGGAGGAGCUGAUUCAGCAGAGCCUGUGGAAUCUGCAACAGCAGGAGCAGCACCUCCUCAUGCAAAGACAGGAACAGAUAACUGCAGCAAUUGCCUUGGCAAUGGAACAGCAAAUUCAGAAGCUGCUGUCAGAGACACAGCUGGACAUGACCGAGUUUGACAGUCUCUUACAGCCCAUUAUCGACAGCUGUACCAAAGAUGCAAUCUCAGCUGGUAAGAACUGGAUGUUUAACAAUGCAAAAACUCCACAACAUUGUGAGCUAAUGUCUGGCCACCUGAGAAACCGCAUCACAGCUGAAGGAGCCCAUUUCGAGCUGCGCCUUCAUCUGAUCUACCUGAUAAAUGAUGUGCUGCAUCACUGUCAACGGAAACAAGCCCGAGACUUGCUUGCAGCCCUACAAAAGGUUGUGGUUCCUAUUUACUGCACCAGCUUUCUUGCAGUGGAAGAGGACAAACAACAGAAGAUUGCACGGCUGUUGCAACUGUGGGAGAAGAAUGGUUAUUUCGAUGAGUCCAUUAUUCAGCAGUUGCAGAGCCCUGCUCUUGGACUUGGACAGUACCAGGCUUCUCUAAUCACAGAGUUUGCAGCUGUGGUUCAGCCCAUUCAGAUGGCAUUCCAGCAACAGAUCCAGACACUGAAGGCCCAGCACCAAGAGUUUGUGGACAGCCUUACCAAGCAUCAACAUCAGCCACCCCAGCCACCACCGCAGCCUCAGCCCCAGCCCCAAUCCCAGCCACAGCCUCAACCACUACGGGAACCCGAGGCUCCACCACCGCACAUCCCAAUGCCUCAGAGCCAGGAUCUGCCAGCUCUCUCACCAACAGAGACACCAGAUGAGGCCAAGCCACCACAUCCCCUCCCUGAAAACGUGUCAAGUGGAGGGCAGGAACCCAGUCCAGCAGGACAGCGAGGGCCUGGGCAGCAUGAGCACUCUUCUUCUAAGCCACCAUGGUUUGAACGCCCUGCUAUGCCACUCUGGGGCCAACAGCAACAGUUUGACCAGGGGUUUAAUGCUCCACAUCAAGGACCACCUCAUUGCCAGCCCUGGAAUAACAACCAUGAAGGGAUGUGGAACGACCAGCGGGAACAAAAUUGGAACAACCAACGAGAUGCUCCUUGGAACAACCAACAUGAGCCGUCCUGGAACAAUCAGUUUGAGCCGCCAUGGAACAACCAGCAUGAGCCUCCCUGGGGGGGGCAGCGGGACCCACCAUUCAGAAUGCAGCGACCCCCUCACUUCCGCCAGCAGCCCCCAUUCCCGCCACACCAGCAGCACCCGCCGUUUAACCAGCCUCCCCACCCCCACAACUUCAAUCGCAUUCCCCCGCGGUUCAUGCAGGAUGAUUUCCCUCCCAGACAUCAUUUUGAUCGUCCCCCUUAUCCUCCUCACCAUUUUGACUAUCAACAAGGAGACUUUCCACCAGAUAUGGGCCCCCCUCACCAUCCUCCACACCGAUUACCUCCACCAGGAAUGGGAGAACCUCCUCCAUGGGGUGGACCCCAGCACCCAGAUUUUGCUGGUCCUCCUCCAGGUUUUAACGGACAGCCUCCACAUAUCAGACGGCAAGGACCUCCUCCACCUCAGAUCAGCCCGGAUGACCCCAGCCUGGUCCCCAAUGUGCCAUAUUUUGAUCUCCCAGCAGGAUUAAUGGCACCACUGGUGAAGCUGGAAGACUACGACUACAAGGCCCUGGAGCCUAAAGAUAUGCGCCUUCCACCUCCAAUGCCACCUAAUGAAAGGCUGCUUGCUGCGGUUGAGGCGUUUUACAGCCCACCAUCUCAUGACAGACCAAGAAACAGUGAAGGCUGGGAGCAGAAUGGACUUUAUGAAUUUUUCCGAGCCAAAAUGCGAGCCCGGAGGAAAAAGGGACAAGAAAAGAGGAAUAGGGGUCCAAGCACAGCUACACCUGGAACUUUGAAACCAGGACCUCGUUCAGAACCUCAUGAGGCCAGUAGUGGAACCAAAGUGGAGAAACGUGGGCGAUCAAAAUCCCGCAGUCGGUCACGGAGCAGACGUUCAUCCUCUGGCUCAAGCUCAAGAUCUUCACGAUCCUCCCGCUCUUAUUCCAGAUCAAGGUCACGGUCUCGAUCCCGUUCACGUUCACGUUCAUAUUCCGGUUCACGUUCUAGUCGCAGCAGGUCAAGGUCAUCUCGGAGCAGGUCUCGCUCACGCUCUCGGUCACGGUCACGAUCUUUUUCACCAGGAAAGAGGCGGGUAUCGAGGUCACGUAGCCAGACUCCACCUUCCACAACAGGACUUGGAGGUGGUCCUGUCACCCUCACUCCUGAUCAGAGACUUGGGGAAGAAAACAAAGGGCAUCAGCUGUUAAUGAAGAUGGGCUGGAGUGGAUCAGGAGGACUUGGAGCAAAGGAGCAGGGUAUUCAGGACCCAAUCAAAGGAGGGGAGAUCCGUGAUAAGUGGGACCAGUAUAAAGGAGUAGGGGUCCCACUCGACGAUCCCUAUGAGAAUUAUAGAAGAAAUAAGAGUUACUCCUUCAUAGCUCGCAUGAAAGCAAGAGAUGAAACAGUGAAGAAAGAAAUACAGGAGCAGCCACCCCCCGAGUGAAGCGUGCAUGAGAAGACGGAGCUGUGUUUGUUCUGCUUCAGAUGGUGAUAUCACUCCCAUAACUCAAUAAGGACUUAGAAACCCAAGCUACUCACUGCUGGACUGAUCGAUUGCAGGGGGCCUCAUACCCGAGUGUUUCAGGGCUGGGACACGAGCAAAGGAUUAAAUCCCUAAUGAAUCUUCAUAUAGAUCGAAUAUACUAUAAUAAUCUCAUUUUCACUUGGGGUAUUUGCUUAUACAAUGAUGUGUCUUUCCCAGUGUAUUUUUUUUAAGUGAAGCAGUGCAAAGUUGUAGGCAUCAAUGAUAGGAUCAGAAUUUUUAUACUGACAAAUUAUAAAUGUUUGUGUUGGCCUAAAAUUGGACAUUUUGACUGUCUCCUCUGUUGUGUACUAAGGAAGGACUCUGAAGUUUUGAAGUAUUUUCACUUGCCCUUUUUUGUUUGGUUACAGAGAGAUGUGUCUGGAUUGUUAACACUCUCUUGUUUGAUUAGUCAUUAGACUAGACCUAUUGUAAUGACUUGUGUGAACCAUUUUAAUCUGUUCAUCUGAACUGCAGGAGUAAAGUUUCUCAAUCAGUAAA